CACGCUGGCCUUGGGCUGGUGGUGACCUCGGGCUGGUGGUGUCCCAACUCCGUGCGUGACUCCGCCCUACCUCCCCCACGCGCGCACGCCCGUUUGUCUUCUCUGGGAGCAGCAGACGCUCACGCCCGAGUCCUCCUCGCUUGUCCCCAGCCCCGUGAGUCCCGGGAUCCCAUGGAGCCCGCGCACAGCGCGUCCCCGGGGGACGGCGCUGCUGAGGUGCUGCUGAGCGAGCUGGAGCGGCAGGUGCAGGACGUGGUGCGGGCGAGCUCCUGGUGGGAGCGCCGCGGUGUGGACUGCGCCAUCCUCGCUCUCAGCCUGCUCGCCCUGCCAGCGGGGUUCCUGUGCCUGCGCUCCCAUAAUGUCCUGGCCUUUGCCACUGGCAUCACAAUCUUGGGCGUGUGCCAUUACACUCUCACAGUCAAGGGCAGCCACCUGGCCACUCAUGGUGCCCUCACCGAGUCCAAACGCUGGGGCAAGAUCCUGAUGAUCUUCUUUGUGGAGGUAUGCACAGCCUUUCCUGCAGAGGUCGCCAAGUUCAACCACGUCAACAUGCACCAUGGCUACACCAACGUGGUGGGUCUGGGAGACUCGAGCACAUGGAAGGUGCCGUGCCUCAACCGAUACAUCUACAUGUUCCUUGCACCACUUUCCAUCCCCAUUCUAACUCUACUGGUCGCUCUCGAGCGUUUGAGGAAGGAAGAGCUGAGAGUGGCACUUCGGACGUUGGUCUUCAUGUCAUUGGGCCUUUAUUCUCAGUACUGGCUGCUCCUGAAUGUGUCGGGCUUCAGAAGCCCCAGUUCAGCGCUGGCUUGUAUGCUGCUUGCCAGAUCCCUGCUGGCCCACCCCUAUCUCCAUGUCAACAUCUUCCAGCACAUCGGAUUGCCUAUGUUCUCCCCGGACAAGAAGCCCCGGCGGAUUCACAUGAUGAGCCUGGGGGUGCUGAACCUGCCUCGGCAGCCGGUGCUGGACUGGGCAUUCGGCCACUCACUCAUCAGCUGCCACGUAGAGCACCACCUCUUCCCUUGGCUCUCUGACCACAUGUGCCUGAAGGUGAAGCCCUUGGUAUCGAAGUUUCUUCAUGACAAGCAGCUGCCCUAUAAUGAGGACUCAUACCUGGCUCGCUUCCAGCUGUUCCUCAGUCGUUACGAGGAGUACAUGGUGCACGCCCCGUCCAUCACCGAGCUGGUGGGGGUGCAGUGAAGGCUGGGCCCCCUCUCUAGCCCAGUCCUGGCCCUCCUGCACUGCUGGCCCCGGUGGGACAGGUGGACCUGGGACAUGGUGGCCUCAGGCAGACAGUGACGCAGAGCAGAGUGUGCCUGAUGUCCUGGGGGACCCCUGCUCUGCCGGCUUUUCUGGGAGCUGAGUGGGGUCGGGGGCUGGGAGAAGGGAAGAGAGCAAUAUGGAGGCUGUGCGUCUUGAUGCGCUCAGACCUCAGCCGACCCCAUCUCAGGGUCCCCUUCUCUGCUGCAUCUGAGCCGGGGCGGGGCUAAGGGGGCUGGUGACGGGUGAGGUGCGAUCCUGUGCCCAGGUGGAGGGGUACAAAGAGAAGGGCCAGCCUCCUCAGCUCAGACCUCCCUAGUGCCUAGGCCGCACACUUCCCAGGCUGCUGCCUCCUCCCGUACCUCCCCCAGGGCCAGCAGGGUGAGGUCAGUUUCUGGCAGCCCCGCCCCUUAGCUCUUCAGCCAUAGGAGCUGGUACCAGAGGGGGCUCAGAAGCUCCAGGACCCACAGUGUCAGUGAGCAAAUGCCUCAGGCAUGAAAUUAGAAAAAGCACCCCCAGCUUUGAGCACGGCCUUGGCUACUCUACACAAGUGUGCUUUGCCCCAUGUUUAGAAGGAUCCGAGCUGGGUAAAUUAUACCGGGAGGCAGCUGAGGUGAACUGGAACUGGGCUAGCAGGGCAGAGAGGGAUGAGCAAAGAGGGAUGGGGGGGGUGAGAUAGGAGAGUUGAGGACAAAGCUGGACUUGGCUGCGGGAGAGAGCAACCUGGGUGAAAGCUGCAGGUGCCAAACCUAGGAGGAAGCCAAGCUGGGGGACAACACAGAGAUCCAGCCCAGGAGGCAACUGAGAGAGGCUGGGAACUGCCUCAGGCACAGAGUGGAGCAGGGAGUUCAUGGAAGGACCCAGUGCAGACUAAAGGAGGGACAGCCGAGGUUAGACCUGCCCCUCCUUAGGGGCACUUAGUUCAUGCCCUGGCUUCUCACCUCAGCCCCAGUGACAUUUGGUUGGUUCCUGGCAGGCUGUGCUGAGCACCGUACGCACCCCUGGCUUCUACUGACUAGAUGCUGGGAGCCCAAAUUAUGACAAUCAAAACUGCUGACACAGCCAAAUGUCUCCCGAGGGCCAAAGCGUCCUUGAUGGAGAACAUACAAGCCAUCCUUCUGAGCCUAUAACUGCAGUUAAAUCAUUGGAAGACUACCCUGACGAUGGCAGGGUAAAUGCUCGCAAAAGGAAACCCAUGGGACGGGCAGUGGCUGGGAAGACCAGCCUGCUGGAACCGCCCCUGGGGUCUGAUGUGGCCUAGGCAGAGGUAGCGGUCACUGGCCUGGAAAUUCUCCUGCUGCUGUCUUGGCCUGGCCCUCCCCUAGCGGAGACCACUGCUCCUUCCAGGACCUGCUCCUCCAGCUGUGGCUCUUUGGGCUCUUUCUGGGCAGGGCCUGGCCUGGCAGUGGGUUCUAGCUGCUGUCGGCCCCUAGGUGCUUCUCUGCCUCUGUAUCUGCUCCGAGUUCCUUCUUCACCUGCUCUCAACUCUCCCUUUGAAUGUGUGCACUUUGUCCCUGCCAGGAGGUUCACAAACAGCACUUUUGGCUCCAAGCCGUCCUCCUGGGAUGGGGUGGGCUUGGCAGCCACCACCACCUCCGGCUUUGCUGUAUGUCGUUGCUGCUCAUUUGAAAUGCAUUAGCAGUUCAGAAGGGGCCUUACAGUCUGAGAGUGUGAUUCAUCAAACUGCAAGCUCUCCCUAUGAAAAAUGCAACGUCAGAAGAGGGUCCAAAGCUAAUGAUUAAAAUGAUCCAAAUGCA